GAACAUAUGUAUUAUGUCGUCUUGUUCAGUUUAUAAUUUACAGAUAACAUGACUUGAGUUAAGAUGGAAGAGAGUCCUUCAGGCUCAGCCUCGGUCUCGUUUAAUGAAGAAUGCCCCGUCGAGUUCUCAAUUGACCCGGACCAGCCGGAACCGGACCACAUGGGUGAAGGUGAUAAACCGGUUUUCGGGACCCCGUCUCCUGGUCUAAAUUUUAAACUAGUUUCUUCAAAUCUAAGGCAUAAGAGCUAUCACAGGAGUGAUCUGCCGAAAUGUCCAUUAUGCCAUGCUUCAAAUCAGAAAUUUUAUUGCCAGGGUUGUAUAGUGUCUGGAGACUUUGUGCACAGUAGUACCAAAUUCUAUGAAAGAUUUUCUGACAAAAAUCUUAGAUUCUUCUCUCUACAACGUGAUAUUAGAGAAUCAAAGGAACAGAUUAGUUCAAAAAUUCAAGACAUUAUUGAGAAGAGAAGAUUGAGAGAAGAAAUAAAACAAAUGAAAACCAAGUUGAAACACAUAAAACAUCUUAUCCGAAAUAAAACUGAAAAAGUUCAACAAACCGAACUCUCCUUGCAGAAGUUAAAAUCCUCCAACAUGAAGCGAACUGAACAGUUGCCUGUGUACGUCAGCAAAGUGGAGAAAAUGCGGGUGUCCCAUGAAAAAUUUCGCAGUGAACAUGUUCGUGGUAAACAAAAUGAACUUGGGAACGACAUGUUUGAGCUCAGCCACAUCAGGUUGAGUUUAGUUCAAAGCUUAAAGGAUAUAUUUCCCAUUGAAGAAGUAUAUCCCUGUAACCCUGAUCAAUCAGAUUUAAUGCUGGAUUGUUUAGCAGAAGCCAUGAGGACAUCUUAUAUACACGGCAGAUGGGUUUCUACAGAGCAAAGUGGAGAGAUGCAGUACAGGGUUGUAUCUCCUCUUCUCACCAGCUCAGGAGAUUAUACCCCUGUAUUCGCCCUCAUAGCUACAAGCAAAGAGGGAUCAGUUGGAGUAGAACCAAUGCCAGCCUUUAAUAUAUCAGCAGGAUUAACUUUGCUGACUCAACUCAUAAAACUAAUUGCUCAUAUUACCGCAGUACCUUUACCAAUAAAACUAAGCUACGCUGAUUUCGGUGUGAUUGACACAAGCGAGUACAGGUUCGCGAAGAAAGUAGCGAAACUGAACCUUAACACCAUCAGCCUCAGUCUAGCCCUUGGGGUCAACCCUGUUAUACUCAGGCCUUGUCAGACUGUCUACAAUGUUAUAACAUUAGUAAAGCACCUAUUGGAUAGUGUCCCUGUCUCUCCUGUUUACGGGGUGGAUGGUGUAUUAGAGGAAUCUAUAUCUGAGUUCCCGUAUUUUGCUCUUGAACAAUCUGAAUACAAAGUGUCUGACUGGGAGACGGAGAUACACCGUGAGAGUGAGGAGCUGAGGAACCAGGAGGAUGAGGAAGAGGAACCAGACUGGGAACCUGAUGAAGAACAUCUUCAAGAAUGGGAGAGUGUAACCUCUGAAGAUGUAUCCGACACCCUCUCAUCCUCUCCCUCAGAUCAUACUCUAGAGAGGAAUCCCUCUGUGCCAUCCUCCAGUCUCAGCUUUGUGUCCUCUACGGUCUCUUCUCUGCUCUGGGGGAUUGCCAGUCCGAAAUCCCCGCGCAAAUAGAUUAAUACAAUAUUAUCAAAUUUUCAAAUAUUUGUAAGUCUGACGAUGUUUUUUUAUAAGCAGAUGUGUUGUACCUACUUUAUAAUUAUUCAUACUGAAAAAAUGUACUUGAACUUAUUUUCAGA